AUGGAUAUUACGGGAGGCACAAAGUCGCUGUACGGAGGAUACCAGUUCCAAGCGAGCAUGAAAAAUAUAAUUCGACAUAUUAAACGUAAACACAGGCAAGGGAGGAUGAACCAACUGGGUGGUGUGUUUAUCAACGGACGGCCGCUGCCGAACCACACACGUCUCAGGAUUGUCGAAAUGGCAGCUGCCGGAAUAAGACCAUGCGUUAUUUCGCGACAACUACGCGUCUCGCAUGGCUGUGUGUCGAAGAUACUCAACAGGUACCAGGAAACAGGAUCAAUAAGACCUGGAGUAAUUGGCGGAAGCAAACCACGCGUCGCUACUCCGGAAGUUGAGGCUCGGAUCGAAGAAAUCAGGCGGCUCGACCCCACGAUCAUGAAUUCUCAGAUUAGAGACAAACUUAUCAAGGAGGGCUUCACCGAUCCACCGAGUCUCAGCUCUAUUAACAGACUUUUGCGCGGAGGCAGAACUGGCGACGACGGCAAGAAAGAUUACACUAUUGAUGGCAUACUGGGUGGU